AUUUGAAACCUGAAAGAGGAAGCUGAAGUUGUGUUAGAGGAAGUUUGAUCAGUCGUGCCGCAGAUCUCAGGGGAUCAGUCUGGUGUUUUUCACUCCUCCAGAAUCAUGUUCAUGUUUAUUUUGAUAUCACUCUUUUAUUCAUCACAUGCUCUCAGCUGGUCUUGGAGGACUCUCCCAUGUGAUAUUACAUUAUCCAACACCUCCGUUUCUCUGGACUGUUCAUACCGGAAACUCCACACUGUUCCCAAAAUCUGCAUCUGGAACGUCACGUAUCUGAACCUGGCCAAUAAUCAGAUAAAGACGGUCUGGAGGGAUUCCUUCCAGAAGCUGAAGAACCUGACCGUCAUAAAUCUCAAAAAUAAUCAGAUACAGAAUGUUCUUCACUCGGAUUCACUCGUUUUUUCAGGUUUGGAAAAUCUCAAAAUAUUAUUACUGGAUGAUAAUCACCUCUCCACCGUUCCCACAGACCUUCCUCCUGGACUAGAGUGCCUGAGUUUAAUUGGAAAUCACAUCAAGAUCAUUGGACCUUCAGAUUUUGUGGGAGUAGAAAACAUUACAGAGAUCAGAUUAAACAGGAACUGCUAUCGUACGACUGGAUGCAACGGUUCCAUGAUUAUUCAGAAUGGAACGUUUUCUCAUUUAAAAAACCUCAUCAUCCUUAAUUUAUCCCAAAACAGACUAAAAACAAUCCCACCGGAUUUACCCCCAUCUCUCCAACAACUCCACCUACUGCAGAACACCAUCCAGCACGUCCAACAGUCUGACCUCCAACACUUAUCUAAUCUCACCUUUCUGGAUUUAUCUGGAAACUGUCCGCUGUGUUUUAACGCCCCGUUUCCCUGCAGCCCCUGUAGAACCACCAAUAACUCCCUGCAGAUCCGCAACCACGCCUUCACUCAUCUCUCCAAACUUCAGGAGCUGCGCUUAUCAGGAAACUCACUACAGAUCCUCAACCCAUCCUGGUUCAGAAAUCUAACAUCUUUAAAAUAUUUAUAUCUUUCAUUCAAUAAUCUGAUCAAUCAAAUUGAACGUGGUCAUUUCUUUUCCGCAUUACCGUAUGUCGAGAUCAUUGAUCUUUCCUACAAUAAUCCACCACAAACGUUUUCCAAAACUCUGAAACUUUCCAAAGGUUUUUCCGAGCUGACGUCUCUGAGGAGCCUCCACCUGGAGGGAUACGUCUUCUCCGUACUCUGUGAAGAUGAUCUUAAUCCUCUCUUCGGUUUAAAAAACCUUUCAGUCCUGAAUCUGGGAGUAAACUUUCUCCAGAACAUCAAUCUAACUGUAUUUAAUCGAUUUUACAAUUUGUCUGUGAUUAGCCUGAUUGAGAACAGACUGACGUUUACAGGUCUGAGAUCAGCUUAUUCUCAGGGUUUAUGCAGGAGUGAUAUGAACUCUGAGAUCCAGGAAGAGCCUGAGCUGAAAAGUCCCUACAUCCACCGGGAUUCACAGUUCCGCCUCGUUCCUCCCUUCAUAAAACCCGAGUGUCUGAAGACGGGGCCGGUGUUAGACCUCAGCAAAAACAACAUGUUCUACCUCAAUCCAGAUUAUCUUCAGGCUGUGGGAAACAUCACAUGUCUUAAUCUGUCCUAUAAUGAAAUUAGCUCCUAUUUUAACGGCACUGAAUUCAUUCAGUUUCCAAAGCUGAAAUAUUUGGAUUUGUCUCAUAAUCGAAUCUACCUGCGCCUAAAAUCUGCAUUUGAUGAAUUAAAGGAGUUGGAGAUUCUGGAUUUAAGUCACAACGAACAUUAUUUUGAGAUAGCAGGAGUCAGUCACACCCUGGCCUUCCUGGAAAACCUUGAGCAUCUAAAAGUCUUGAAUCUCAGCUGGAACGAGAUCAAUACUCUGAGUAAUAAGACGCUGAUCAGCAGAUCGCUGGAGGAGUUGCGGUUUCAAGGGAAUCGGCUGGAUAUCAUGUGGAAAAAGUACCAAGGUUUUAAAUAUCUCUUCAAAUUUCUAACGAACCUCACACUUCUCGAUAUCUCCUACAACAAACUCAGAGAAAUCCCGCAGGACAUCCUGAGCUUCUUCCCUUCAACACUCAAAUAUCUGAACCUGAACAGAAACCAGCUCAGGAACUUCUGCUGGGAGCAGCUGCACUUCCUGCCUGAGCUGGAAACUCUGGAUUUAAGUAAGAAUAAGCUGGACUUUGUGAACGAGAGGACGUUAGCUCACUCUCGCUCACUGGCUGUUUUAGACCUGAGCCACAACCUAAUCUCUACGCUGGGCAUCGACAUCCUGAAACAGGCCAAACGUCUCUGGAGUUUAAAUCUUAGUUUUAAUCGACUGGAAAUCAUCAACGACACUUCCUUCCAGGUGAACGACUCAAGUUAUCUCCGCAUGCUCCACCUGGAGAGUAACCCUUUACGCUGCACGUGUGACCUUCUGGACUUUGUUCUGUGGUUGGAGAACAGUGAGGUCGAGGUUCCUCAUCUGGCAACAGGAGUCUUAUGUGAUCUGCCGGCCCCCAAGAAAGGCCAGCCAAUGAUCAACCUCGAUCUGAAAAACGCCUGCAUCAACGACGGCACGGCUCAGGUCCUCUACAUCAUCUCAUUCACCUUCACCCUGACUGUGAUGGUGACUGCCAUCACCGUACACCUGUUCUACUGGGACCUGUCCUACGUCCUUCACUACUGGAAAUCCAAGAUGAAGAUCCACAGAUCAUCAGAGCACCAGUGCCUCUACGACGCCUUUGUCAUGUACGACACCAACGACCCGCUGGCGUCUGAUUGGGUGCUGAACCAGCUGAGGGUGGAGCUGGAAGACGUGGGCGAGACAGUCCGUCCCCUCUGUCUGGAGGAAAGGGACUGGACGCCCGGCGUGUCCAUCAUGGAGAACCUCAACCAGAGCAUCCGGUGGAGCAGGAAGACGGUCUUCGUGCUGACGGAGGGCUUCGUCUGCAGUGGGGUCUUUAAGGUGGCAGCGUAUCUGGCUCAGCAGAGGCUUCUGGAGGAAGGUGUGGACGUAAUGGUGUUAAUCCUGCUGGAACCAGUUCUCCAGCAUUCCAGAAUCCUGCACCUGCGGCGGUGUCUGUGUGGGAACAGCGUUCUGGAAUGGCCCAGGAACCCUUCAGCCCAGAACUGGUUCUGGCAGAGUCUGAGGAACGCCAUCAAAAAGGAGAAGCAGGGGAUGCAGAACAAGCUGUUCAAGAACUAUUUUACUACCUAAUAAACUUAAUGGUAUUUAAUCAUUUAAUUAAUUUCAGGUGUAAUUAGGGCUGGGGGGUUGAUUGAAUUAAUUUGAUUAAUUGAAUUAUUGUAUAAUUGGGAUAAUGGAGAUUGUACAUCGCUACAUAUAGAACAGAUAAAGAUUUGCUUCUGACAGAAACCUGUAAAGAAUUUUUUAUGUGGCAGCAAUUUACAUAUUCUACACUUUUCCCUCUCCGAAACUAAAUAUAGAAAAGUUUAAUUAUAUCUAAAGGAAACAGUAACUUGUGCAUCAUUUUAAAUGAUGUUGUUUGUUUACCAAUAAAAAUGUAAAUUUGUUAUGUAAGAACUAAAAACUUUAAUUGAGAAUCGUUAAUAUAUUUGAAGAGUAUCAGCACUACUUGUAACAUCCCGUGUUGGACAGUAAUGAAGUAAUUGUAAUUGGUUACUGUACUGCAGUAGUUUGUAUUGUAUUUUGUAUGAUUUUGUAUUUUAACUUUACUACAUUAUACAGUAAAAGUCGUUCCUUUUAUUUUGAAAGAAAUGUGAAGCAGCCGACCAAUCAGGACACAGAGUUCAGUUACUUCUGAACUUGUUUUGAUGUGUUGGACAUACAGUAGGUCCCAGUGCUGAGCUGUGGAGAUGUAAUUAUAAUACAUUUUGACCCAUUAAUGUACUUUUCUUUUCUAACGUAUCUCUUUAUUUAUGUUUAUAUUUCUGUAAUGCUGAAACUGUUUUUUCCAGUAUAUGUAAUAUACUUAAC